CGUUACUUUUCAGUUUGCAGUGAAAUAGUUUAUCUUGGUGGUGACUUCGGAAUACACCGAGGAAGAUUUUCAAGCCCAGGUUAUCCGUCGGGGACCUACCCGAGUAGGGAGAAAUGUACGUGGAUAAUAAAGGUACCAUUGAAUUACCGUGUUUUACUGCACUUUGAUGGUCUGGACGUGGAAUCUUGUGCAACUGCAACGAACAAUUGCACGUGCGAUUAUGUGACUGUAUCCGAUGGACAGCUAUUAAGAGACAGACUUCUAGCAAAACUCUGUGGAACGAAGCCUCCCUCCGAUAUUAUUUCCAGUGGAAGGUUUGUUAGAGUUGAUUUAGUGACGGAUGAGUCAAAUGAAAGGAAUUUCAAAGGUUUCUCUGCGCAGUUUUAUUCCAUUUCACCGAAUGGCGCUACACCUACAAGUAUCGAUGAACGAGAUACUGGGAAGAACAAAAAGACGGUACCACCUGAGCAGGAUGGCCCCGAAAAAGGUAAUCAGAUUCUCAUCGAUCGUAAUGCUCUUGAUCUUUGUCUAUUAAAGACAGAUAAUAAGAGAAGGUAAGACCUGACAGUAACAAUUGUCUCCCGGAACUAAAUGGAGAUACGUUUCGGAUGAAAUUGUAAUUUGGGUUGAUUUUUGGGAAGGGAGGAAAACCGGGAUGCUUACCGUUUGUACAAACCGCUCGGGUGGAAGUCUUGCGCAAUACUGCAUUACAGGGAUUUUUAAAAAACCGUCGGGUUAAUGAACAGGGGAAAUCCCUGUGUUGAGACCCUUUACUGCCGAGGCGAGUGCAAUGCAAUCAUAUAAGCGCCAGCUCCUUACAGUACAUGUGGUAGCUAUUGGCUGGGACUGUAAAACAGUCUAGUGCAAUGCGUAUGAAGUUGUGGAUCGCCUAAAUUAAUAGGGCUGCCGCUGCCCGGGUGAUAUGGCUAUGCGCAUGCGUACGGUACUGGCCAUACUGCCGAGUUGUGUAGUGUAACCAUUGCUUUCAGAUGAUUUAUUAUGUGCGUUUUGUUUGUCUUAGGUGGCAGCAGCACAAUAAUGAUCGCUGUCGUGUGUAGUCUUGGUGGAGUUGCAAUAAUCGGCAUAAUUUUAGUCUGCAUUUAUAUGAAGACGAGAAAACAGGCCCAAGCAAAUUCUGCACCCAGAGGAUAUCCCAGUGCUUCUUUCCAAAGGACUCAGGAACCCUCUCGACCUCCACCUCCCUACUCAUCAGUGGUUUCUAACGCACCCCCUUCUUACUCAUCAACGGCCUCCCUAGGGUAA